CCGUUUAGUUAAAGUAUUGAUUAUUUCAUGAAAAAAGUCAUGAGACGCGUAUGUUGUAACGAUUUUAUCAUAGAAACUAAGUAAGCGUUGAGGAGACAACGAACAUAGCACCUGUGUUAAAACAUGUAAAAGUAUAGCACAAUGAGAGGACAUAGUUAAGGAGUGUUCGAGGAGCGUAACAAGGACGCUAUCAAAGGACUUCAUCCUCAUUUAACCUUCAGCUUUAGAGACCGGUGGUUGUAGAGCUGACCAGUUGAGAAAUUGUUGAACUGACCAGUCUGGGAAUGGAUAUGUUGUGGACUUCCCUUCUUAUGGGCAUGGUCGCCCUAGUGAGCGGGGUGGAGUUAGGGGUAUCGCAUGAAGGCGAUUGGGCUUAUCAGUGGUACCCAGACGAACCGUUUAGUUUCGAGUGUCAGAAGGCGAUGCUCAUCAACUCGAAUCAGUACGUCACUUGGGGUCCGAUCCCUAUGGUGGAAACACACAUGGAGCUUAAAAACGGGACUGUUAAUAACUACUACGAGGUCCGCAGUAAGGGUGGUGUAGGCGGCGCUGAGCUCUACGUUAAGAAGGUCUUACCGGAAGUACACGGCGUGUACGUUUGUAACGUUUACAACGAAGACACUACUCCGUAUAAUAAGACGAUAUUCGCGCUGAACUUGCGUGAUCAGCGUUACCGCGUCCUAGGAGACAAGUACAAACAUAACGUGGUGGUCGCCGUCAUCUCCACGGCCGUCUUCCUUGUCCCACUCAUUACACUUUGUAUCCUCCACCGCUUUCGCUGGGAAGCGCGCAAUCCGGAAGAAGCCGUCAAACGGAAGUACGCCUACGCAGACGGUACUUCACUGGAAGGCAAUGGAGCGUACAUGAACCCGGCCUUUAACACUCAGCUUUAGUGCUAUGCUAUAAGUUUUAUUUGUUAACCAGAGACAUUUUUGUGUUUAUUGUAUAAAACUUUCUUUCUUAUUUGCCCUAUAAAUAUUUUCAUCAAAAAUGUAUUCUGUCAUAAAGAAAACAAAUAAAAGCAAACGAAAAGUUA